AUGACAGAGGAAAGCACAAUCACUAAUGCAGUGCAGAUGGACGCACUCGAGCCCAUUGCUACAAACACAUUAGUGUUUACUAACUUGGCUUUAGAAGCAUUUGAUAAUCAGGGACACGCACUUCGCAAUGAGUUGCUAUCCAAGUAUCAGCAUCUUAUCAAGCUUGUCAUUCUAAAGUCGUUUGGAAGAAUGCUGGCCAUUUUUGCAGAAACUGCCACUGCUGUUCAAAUCAAAAAAGAUCUUCACAAGACUCAGUUUUUAAACUAUGAACUGAGAGUGUAUUAUGGUCAGCAUACAGAUUUAAGCCAACUGGGACUGGAUGGCAAAAUGAAACAAACUUUACUAUCCGUCCCUCAAUUGGAGCGCAACUUUCUUCUCUCUCCACCUGGCUCUCCACCAGUUGGCUGGGAGCAACCCAAGGAAUUGGCACCCGUAACAGGCGGGCAUACAGAAGCAUUAUCACUUUCUACGCUGUCACUUGCAGGAUUCUGUCUUGAUGGAGGCGUGGAUGUGGAUCUGGACAGUACACAACCCCAAAAUGUAGUAGAUACAGCACAUUUUAGCAAGCUAUCAAUAACUAGCGAUGGCAGACGACAAGAAACACUUACGUUUGGAACAGGCGUGGCUUCUGCCAAGAGCAGUGCAGAUGUGUCGUUGCCUGUGAUUGUCAUUGAAGCACCGUUGUACAGUGAGCCUGAUCUAGACUCGGAAAGCAUUCCUCUCCCACGCACUCCUCUCCCACGAACAAGUAGACCUCAUCAUUCAGGAUGCUGAUUUACAGCUGUAUUUACGUAAAAUGGAACAUUAAACAAGGAUGCCAAAGUGCAUAAUAAACAGUCAGUCUCAUGG